AUGUAUAAUAAAAAGUUCCUGUGCCCGAAACUGGAGGAACAAGUUCCUGUGCCCGAAACUGGAGGAACAGUAGAUGUUUUCACCAUUAGUACCAGGUUGGACUCAUUACAAGUGAGAUCCCGUCAGGGGAAAAGGUGGAACAUCUAG